AUGGUACUUGGGCCAGAAAUGAUUGAGGAUAUGGUGAAGCAAGUUAAGUUAAUCCAUGAAAAGAUUAAAGCAGCCCCAGAUCAACUGAAAAGCUAUGCUGAUUUGAAAAGGAGGAAGGAAGAAUAUGAAGUGGGAGAGAAAGUAUUGUUGAAAAUUUCACCCAUGAAAGAAACCAUUGAGAUGGAUGAGAAUUUAACCUAUGAGGAAAGACCAGUAAAGAUUCUGGAUUCUAAAGUGAGGAGCAUAAGGAACAAGGAUGUGAGUAUUGUGAAAGUGUUGUGGUCGAAUCAGAAAACUAAGGAGGCUACAUGGGAAACUGAGGCUGAUAUGAGGAAACGUUACCUAGAGUUGUUUACCUAA